UUUUUACUUAUUAUUUCACAUUAAGGUCACGACACAGUCGAAACAACCUUUUAUUACUUGGCGGAUUAUCAAAAUUCUUCAAAAUGUAUAAGUUUAUAUCUCUCGCUGUUGUUAUUGGUUUGUCGUGGUCUCAAAACACUAGUAAUAGUGGUAAGAGUUAUUUCUUCAAGAGGGGCAAGAAUAGCAAUGAGUUUAAGGUCAAUAAUAGAAUUAUGUACUUAAAUCAUAACAUAACCGAUUUCGACUAUGCUUAUCCCGUUGUGGAGAAGAAGAGGGUGAUUCAAACUUUUCAACCUGUAGAGAAGUCUCCUCCAAAGUUAGAUUUUGGCUUCUACCUGGACAAAGAAUGGAACUACAACCACAAGGAAAACGCCAUCGACACAUCCCAGCUUCCCAUUUUCGUUAAGAAAUUUUACGAAGAGUUUUCAUCCACAAUAGACAAAACAUUAACCGCUCGAAUUUUGUUUAACAAAAAUGCCAACACUUCUAGCUCCAUCAUCAAAUUCAACCUGGACAGUCUCGUUGUCGAUGAUGCUGUGCUAGAUGCAGAUCUAUACUUUUAUUGGCCUUUGAAAAACACUUCGAAGAUAUUUAAGGAAUCAGUAGUACUCCGGCUGUAUCAAUACGAGAAGAAAUCCAUUGAUGAGAAAGAAGAUGUCGGAAAUCCUGAUAUGCAUAAAUUAUUUAAUGUUAUUUAUGUAUCGAAAGCUCAUAAAGGUUGGCAGAUGUUUAAAGUGAAGAAACCCAUCGACAACUGGUUGAAUGGUGAAGAAAAUAUGGGUCUUAUAUUAACAAUUUCAACUUAUGAUUCCAAUGAACUUAUUGAGGUCUUCAACGAUACAAACACAGGAAAUUUCAGUACCUUUGUGGUAGUAAAAACAAGAAGUAAUGAUACAUUGAUACCGACCAAAGAUCCUGAAACUUCCAUUAUAGAAGACCAAGGUACCAUACCACAUUGUCAACGUCAAGAAUGGAUAAUAAACUUCCAGAAAAUGGGUUGGAAUAAGUUCAUUAUUUUCCCCGAAGAAUUUUCCGCAUAUGACUGUGUCGGAAAGUGCCUUAAGCCUACAGGUGACAAUGCCAAUCAUGCGAAAAUGUUGCACAUUUUCCAGAAAAGAAGCGCUUGCUGUGUACCUGUCAGUUACGAACCGUUACCAAUUAUGUACUUUGAUAAAUUUGGCAACAUUGCGGCUAAGAAUUAUGACAACACUGUAGUCGCAGAAUGCAAAUGUCGAUAAAUGUAGAUUUUAGGUACCUAUACGAACAAACUAAAGAAAUUUGAUUAAAUGAUUUUAUAUCAUG